UCCCUCUCUUUUCUCAUUGCUCCAACCAAGGCGUCACUUUUCUCCUCCUCCUAAAAUCUCUCCACCAAACUUCUACUCUUCAAUGGCUUUCACAUGGUGGUUUUAGUUUCUCCAUAGCUUGAAUUUCAAUUCAGGAACGUGAGUACUAAGUGGGAGAAUCAACAAAGUAAACCAAUUUAGAGGGAGAGAUCAUCCUUUUUCAAACAACAUGACAAGAGGCACCAAGACUUUCACGUUCUUCAUCUUCCUCCUGCUAGCUGUGCUUCCAUCCUUUGUUGUUUCAGAGUGUACAUGUGAUAAAGAAAAUGGAGAUCGUGACAGAGCCAAAGCUCUCAAGUACAAACUAGCAGCUAUAGCUUCUAUUAUCACUGCGAGUGCCAUUGGAGUUUUGAUUCCAUCGUUUGGAAAGAUUGUCCCAGCGUUACGACCUGAGAAGGACAUCUUCUUCCUCGUCAAGGCCUUCGCGGCCGGCGUCGUAUUAGCCACCGGAUUUGUUCACGUGCUUAACGAUGGGUUCAAUAACUUGACCUCUCCUUGCUUGAGUGAACAUCCAUGGGCAAAGUUUCCCUUCACUGGUUUUGUAGCUAUGUGUACAGCUAUGGGAACCCUAAUCGUAGAAACAUUUGCCAUGGCGCAUUUCAAGAAACUUAAUAUGAGGAAAGUCCAAACAGAGGCCAAUGGAAAUGAUGAAGAGAAAAACUCAGAACAUGAUGAUGGAGAAAGUCAUCAUCUUCAUACUGAUCAUCAUGCAAUACAUGGUCAUGCUCAUCAUGGGUCGACUGGUUUUUCUGAGACAUCUCAACUACUUCGUCACAGGAUCGUAGCACAGGUAUUGGAGCUGGGGAUAAUAGUGCAUUCAGUGAUAAUAGGACUUUCUAUGGGAACAUCUGAGAGUCCUCAAACCAUAAAGCCCCUGAUUACUGCUAUGGCUUUUCAUCAAUGUUUUGAGGGCAUGGGCCUUGGAAGUGUUAUAUCUCAGGCAAAGUACAAGAACAGAACCUUAGCAAUCAUGGCAUUGUUCUUUGCUCUGACAACUCCGUUGGGAAUAGCGAUUGGUAUUGGAGUUACAAAUGUGUACGAUGCAAAUAGUCAGACUGCUCUUCUCACUGAAGGAAUCCUGAGUACAGCAUCUGCAGGACUCUUAAUCUAUAUGGCACUUGUUGAUCUUUUAGCUGCUGAUUUCAUGAUUGAGAGAAUGCAAAGCAAUACUCGUCUUCAAAUUGGAGCAACUAUUUCUAUGCUUAUGGGUUCUGGUUUAAUGUCUCUUUUAGGAAAAUGGACUUGAAACUUAUUGCUACUUGUAAUAUUUUUGUUAGAAUUUGUGUGAGAGUCAACGCUUAUUUAUUUGUAAUAUUUAAGAACUUGUGUGAGAGUCAGUUCAAUCAGCUCUUUCUAGAGAGCUAUUUCAAGGGCAGUGUGAUUUAUCAUCAAGCAGCAGCAUAUAAAUAUUGAUCGGCUUCAUGCGCUCCCUCAAUACUUUACGUGAGAGAAGCCUCAAGUCAUCUAUGAAACUACUUGUAGGAUCAGUCUGGCUGCCCCAUCAGAUCUGUAAUAUCCUUUGGGAUUAAUCAUCUCAUUUCUGUACGAUUCAAACUGUCGGUUUGUAUUAUCUUGUAUGCUCGUAUAUUAUAUUUGAAUUCAAUAAUUGACUCUCAUAGUGCUGGU